CGGCGGAAGCGGCGUCCGCGGGCUCCGUGCGGGGCCAGAGAUGCUGCCUGCGGGGCGGCUGCGGCUGUUCGCCGCGUUCUGCAGCCUCCUGCUGGGGCAGGCCCAGGCCCCGAGCCCCGGGGUGCCGCCAGAGCGGAGCCGGCCUUACGCGGUGCUGCGCGGGCAGAACCUGGUGUUGAUGGGGACCAUUUUCAGCAUCCUGCUGGUGACCGUCAUCCUUAUGGCAUUUUGUGUCUACAAGCCCAUCCGUCGUCGGUGAUGGCUGCACGGGAUCACCCUGUUUCAAGGUUCUGGGACGGGACAAGUUAUUCUGCACGUGAGCCGCUGGAGAUGGUGGAAUCAGCUUCUUGGAAGUCACCGUUGAUCUGAUGGGGUGGUAAAUGUGACGGGGUUUGGAAAGGCACCCAGCAGUAAUUGUUACCCUAACAUCAGUUAUUGGCGGCUGAGUCAACGUCUCAGUGUUUCUUUUUGUUUGGCUGUACUAGUUAAAAGUAAAGCCUGAAGCCUCAAGUUCCCUGUAAAGAUGUGUCCAUUGCAGUGUCCACCGGAAGAACCGCACUGGAGAAGAGGACGCAUCACUAAUGCUUGAAAUAGUAAGAAGACUUAAUAUGUAGACAUCCCCUGCUUUCAACCAUUCUGUCACUGUGUGUUAAUCACACAUGGGGGCCAAUAAGAUGGCUCAGCAGGUAGAGGGGCUUGCCACCAAGCCCGAUGACCUGAGUUUGAUUCCCAGCACUCAUCUGGUAGGAGAGAACCAACUCCCAUGGGUUGUUCUCUGACCCCGCAUAUGAGUAAGUAAAUAUAAAAACAAAGCCCACGUUUUUGCUCUACUGAGCUGCCCUAGAAUACCCUGGGUGCCAAGCCCGCGUUCCUUGCCUGCAUCGGCACUGUACUUGAAUGCCCACAGUUCUGCCAGGAUUGUAUCCUCGGUCUGUAACCGCAAGCCCCCUUGGUCUGGAAGGCUCUGGGUUGGACUGGAAAUGCUCGUCUUUCAGAAGAACAACUCCACCUGACCCAAACAUAUUGAUGCCCCUCUCACCCGCGGCUCCGGCCUGUGCUAGCUUUUCAGUGUCUACUGUGCAGGCUGCUGUGUUUACAAGGCUGCCAGCUUUUCAAGUGCUGCUACUGAACUAGAUUUCCCUGCUGAUGUUUUCAUCGUGAUAGUGAUUAUUAGUAUUUAUUUGAAAGGUGCUAGAUUUAAUUUUGUUAUAAAAUUGUUGUAAUGCUUAAUCUUGCGUUCCCUGCAAGCACAGCACUGGUCUUUUUUGUCUUAUAAUCUAAUAACCUGUACUUGAUGUGAAUUAACUGAUGAGGAGCACUGUAACUGUUGGGGUCUUGUCUGUAACCCUGUAACACUGAGCCAUUAAAAUGUCCAGGUUAAAGAGAAAUCCUGUCUGCUGUUUUA